AUGUACCCAUUCAGACCUGUAUCUCCAUUACGGUCAUUUUUCCGUAUCACAACAAUACCCUCCCCCACGCGAACCUACUUCAAUGCAUUGCGCAAUUCAAUCAAGAGUCCCUUCAAGCGUACAUCAAUUCGAUUCAACUCGACGUCUUCAUCAUCAGCAACUCACAAUGCCCAUGCUCCUCCACCACCAAGAGGAAAAAAACCACAGGGAAUCAAGGCGUUAAUGAAGGAGUACGGAUACCCUGCUUUGGCGGUAUACUUGGCCCUUUCAAUGAUUGAUUUACCCAUAUGUUAUGUCCUUGUUCAUUCAAUGGGACAAGAUAAGAUCCAAUAUUAUGAAAACAAGGUCAAACAGACAUUCGGAUAUGGUGUUAGUGAUGGUGAAUUGAAGCAUCAACAAGAAGUGCAAAAAAUUGAAGCUGGUAUUGAUGAAGAUGGUAAUGCAAACCAAAAGCAAGAAGAAGAAAAAGAAGCAGCAGCUAAAGCCAAUCAGAAUAUGUUUCAAUACAUUUUGAGUCAAUUUUCAUGGACUGAGUUUGCUAUUGCUUAUGGAUUACACAAGAGUUUAAUAUUCAUCAGAUUGCCAAUAACAGCGGCCAUAACUCCUGGUAUAGUUAAAUUGUUGCGUGGAUGGGGUUUUAGAAUUGGUACUGAUAAAUUGAGUACUACUGCCAAUUUAGCCAAGGACUUGGCCAAGAGUGGAUACAAGGAUAUCACUGCUAGCAGUGCUAAAUUUGGUACUAGACCGGGCAAGAGAAAAUGGUGGUGGUUCUUUUGA